GUAACAAAAUAUUUUUGGCGCAUGUUUUGUUCGGAAGACCUUGAGAAUCAUCUUUAUAUUCAAUACUGAAAAGUGAAAGUAGAUAAACAAUUUCGAAAGAAAGAGAAGUGGACUAAAAACAAGCUAACCAUGUUGUACUUAGAAGACUAUUUGGAGAUGAUAGAGAACCUGCCAAUGGAGAUGAGAGAAAGACUUACAGAAAUGAGAGAAAUGGAUUUACAAGUUCAGAAUGCCUUGGACAAUCUUGAUGAAAGAGUGAAGAACUUCUUCAAGAAGUGUACACAACCCAACAUAAAGGGCGAACUAAAAGAUGAACAAUACAAACAGAUCAAACAGGAUUAUUACAAGACCUUAGAAGAUGCUGAUGAAAAAGUGCAGCUCGCAAAUCACAUAUACGACCUGGUGGACAGACAUUUACGAAAACUGGACCAAGAGCUGUCGAAAUUUAAAAUGGAACUAGAGGCGGACAAUGCAGGAAUCACAGAAGUGUUAGAGAAAAGGUCCUUGGAGUUGGAUAAACCACCUUCCCUGGGCAGUAACAGAGCAGAAAAGCGGAAGUUACUUCAUGCCCAGUCACAAGUAACCAAUCACACAGAGAAGCGCAUGGCCACGGAGAAAGUCCUGUCCACCAUCGCUAACGAGGCCGCCCGCGAGGCCAUCGGUCAGAGUCGCCGACAGUCCAGUUCUGGGUCCAAUUCCCCGUCCCUCUCCAUGUUCAACUCUACCUCUACACAGUCCAUAAGUUACAGUCUGGGUCAUAUGGGAGCGGGUAGCAAUGCUGCAAUAGCAGCGGCAGCAUCCCAAGCAAUAGCAGCAACACAACAGGUGAUGGGCCAGCAGGGAAGGAGGACCCCAAGCAUGAAGGCCAGCUAUGUGGCCAUGGCCAAAGACCUGACCAAGGAGCUGUCCACCAAGGAGUAUAUCUAUACCUCCCAACCCUCCACCCCCACCCCCGUGGCUGAAAUCACACAGAAAGUGCCACGCUCCAAAAAAGCCACUUCUAAGGCCAGCACCCUAAUCCGGGAAGCUCAGAAUCAGCUGGCCAGUUCUUCCAUUCCGUCCUUGUCCCUCACCCAGCAGCCCAGCACCCCACAGACCCCUCUCUCUGCCCAGGUGGCCUCCCCCAUGGUGGAGGAUGCCUCUAGCGACCUCCAGAUAGUGGACGAGAACGGCCAGCCGGUGGACUGGCAAAAUGACCCCAAUGAGCCCCGCUACUGUCUGUGUAACCAGGUGUCGUAUGGUGACAUGGUGGGCUGUGACAAUGAUGAUUGCCCCAUUGAGUGGUUCCACUACGGUUGUGUUGGCCUGACCCAGGCUCCAAAAGGGAAGUGGUUUUGUCCUCAGUGUACGGCAGCCAUUAAACGUCGCGGUAGAAGGAACUAGCUGAGCUAAAGUGCAAUAACGUUAAAAAAAAAAGAUGAUAUCAGUUUGUUUGAUCUUGAAUGUUAACACACUUAUAGUGUACAAGAUUGUAUGUUCUCAUGUUUGUAAGGAUUGGCAAGCACAUACCGGUAUGCAUAAUUGGUCCUCGUAACACUGAUUCAUAUUGUUUUGUAUGUGUGUAUAAAAGCCUUGUCCAUUCCAUUGCUAUAGAACAAGUCAGACAAUUGAGAGGUUAUUGUUCAAACUGCUGCCAACAUUUAGAAAUAUUCUGAUGACUUAGAAUCUAGCAGAUCAAUGAGGGAUUCAUAGAAUUGUACAUAUGCCAGUUUUUCUUUGUGCCAAUAAUAAGAAUGGCUGUUCAAACUGGGGUUUUUUUUUUGUUGGAUAUACAUGUACCAUAUAAGGUGAUUCAUUGUACAUGUAUAUGGAUAUGAUGAAUAUUGCAUAUGAGACAGUGUAUUAUAUAUGUACAGUAUUUACAACAAACAAAAACAGGGCAGAUGUAUGUUUAUUAACAAUUUUGAAAAAUGAAUUAAACUCACAUUUUUCAUUAAAAAAAAAUAAAACAUUAUAAUGCCUAAUAGAGAGCAAACACCCAGACAUGUGCAUAUUUAUCUGUAACAGCCACAAGCAGUUGAUGUUUAGAAUUUCCCCCCAACUUCAACAGUGCCAGGAAGCAUCAUUUCUGACCAUGGAUAUUGUUUACAAGUAAAGAAAUAAAUAGAAUGUAAAAAAAAAAAAAAAAAAUAGUAAAACCCUUUUCAUGUUGAUCGUUUUCCCCAAUAUUGUUAUAAAUACCCACCAGCCAGUAUUUUUGGUGUGCAACACUAAGAUUACAUAAGUUCAGAUAUCAUAGACAGUAUGGAAGUUAUUCUGAACUCAGUGAGCAAGUCUAGUAAAGCAACUCUCUUUCACAUUUGUAAAUGUAGUUCAUGAUUCAUCCAUUGGUGUAAUAUACAUGUAGCUGUAAAUUUGGUUUCUUUUUUAAUUUUAUACGUGCCUUUUCAGUGUUACAUAUUUGCUGUGUUGCUUUUGUUCUUUCCUAUAGUUUGUAUUGUUAUGUAGAUAUAUAUUGUUUUGCAGGAAGAAAGUGAAACUAUUUACUUGUAAAUGAUUCCCAGAAUUCAGUGCUUCUUGUGUGUUGAUUGUUGCUUAAUUAAUUUUUUGUACCUUUGUUAUAAUAAAAUAUAAAAACACUAGCAAAGAAA